AUGAGUGGUUAACUCAAAUAACUAAUCAGGGAUGACCGAAGACACUAACCUUGAUAAAGUUAACAAAGAAAUUAAAAAAGAAGAUAAAACAAAGGCAAGUAAAAAAAGUAAAAGGUCAUCUCGCUAUUGUUCCUUUUCUCCUAGUUCUUUACAUAAGAAAGAUAGAUCAUACGAAUUAAAUAGCCCUACUAGCUCAGCUCGUUCAUAUCAUAAAUCUGAACACUCUCACGCUCCCUCCAAAGAUACUCAAAAUAACGAUGGGGCCUCAACCGGCAGAAAGAACAGAGUGAAAUCUUCAAAAGUAGAGAGCGACAAAUAUCAUACUUAUAAACGUGGACAUACAGUUAAAAAUAGAAGUCCUAACAGAAAGAGCAGUAACAUAAAGAACGGAAAAGAAACGUGUCACUCGGCUACAGUUGAAAAAACAAAUACUAGUACCUUAAGUCCGCCUUUAAAGCGGGCAAAAAAUGAAUUUCCCCAGGAAAACAACUCUAAAGCUCAAUCUGCUUCACAAAUACUUGAACCUUCAGAGAAAAAGAAGCCUAAUUUUGAAUUAUCUGGUGCGCUAACUCAAGAAACCAACACUUACCGUGGAAUCGUCCUUAAAUAUUCUGAACCAGAGGAGGCUCGGAUGCCUUCAAAGCGCUGGAGACUUUAUGUUUUUAAAGGAGACCAAAAUCUGAACAUUCUUCAUAUACACCGUCAAAGUGUUUUUCUCAUGGGAAGGGAAAGGAGGGUUGCGGAUAUACCGUUGGACCAUCCCUCUUGUUCCGGGCAGCACGCGGCAAUCCAGUACCGCUUGAAUCGAGCCGUUAAGCCGGACGGUUCCUAUUCCGCUGCUGUCAAACCCUAUCUGAUUGACUUAGACAGUGCCAACGGGACAAUGAUUAACGGGGAAAAAAUAGAACCAAGGCGCUUCUAUGAACUUAAAGAAAAGGAUGUGCUAAAGUUCGGUUACUCAGCCCGUGAUUAUGUGGUGAUGCUCCAAGAUUAGUUUAAUAUUGAUAAGGCGUUAAAAAAAGGCCCUUCGCUGACUUUUUGGCAUUGAAAUUUUCCGCGGCACACUUCUGUACGGAACGAAAUAAAAUCUUUACUUGAUUAA